AUGGUUGUUGCAAUUGGUUUUGAAGGCUCCGCAAACAAGCUUGGAGUAGGAAUUAUUCGGCACGAAAAUGGCAAGGUUGAAAUAUUAGCUAAUGUCAGAGAUACAUACAUUACACCUCCUGGCCAAGGAUUCCUUCCUCGCGACACCGCACAGCAUCACAGGGAUUGCAUUUUGCAAGUCCUUAAAAAAGCACUCGAAGAUGCUAAAAUGACACCCAAAGAUAUCGAUGUUAUCUGUUUCACAAAGGGUCCUGGAAUGGGUGCGCCAUUAACAUCAGUAGCCGUUGUUGCACGCACUUUAUCUCUGAUGUGGAAUAAACCACUUGUUGGUGUCAAUCACUGUGUUGGCCAUAUCGAGAUGGGUCGUGAAGUUACAGGUGCCAUCAACCCAGUAGUUCUUUAUGUCAGCGGUGGAAACACUCAAGUAAUUGCUUACUCCCAACAACGUUACAGAAUUUUUGGCGAGACAUUGGAUAUUGCUAUUGGAAAUUGCUUGGAUCGGUUUGCACGAAUUCUUAAUCUGUCAAAUGAUCCCAGCCCAGGUUACAACAUCGAACAAUAUGCGAAACGUGGAAAGAAUUUUAUCCCAUUACCUUACUCUGUCAAAGGAAUGGAUGUGUCAUUCUCGGGAAUCCUGUCGCACAUUGAACAAAUCGCAAGCGAUCAACUUCCCAAAGGCCUUGUAACUCCCGAAGACCUUUGUUUUUCUCUACAGGAAACUCUAUUUGCAAUGCUGGUUGAGAUUACAGAACGUGCAAUGGCACAUGUGGAAUCAACCGAAGUUUUGCUUGUUGGUGGUGUUGGAUGCAACGUUCGACUUCAGGAAAUGAUGGAACAAAUGGCUGUCGAACGUGGAAGUACAGUGUGUGCGACAGAUGAGCGGUUUUGUAUUGACAAUGGUAUCAUGAUUGCUCAUGCUGGAUUGCUUUCUUUCAAAUCCGGAUAUACUACACCUCUUGAGGAAAGCACAUGCACUCAAAGAUUCAGAACAGAUGAGGUGCAUGUUGCAUGGAGAGAAGAUUAA